CAGUGCAGGGCGUCACGAGCCAUCAACCAUGUCCUUUCUCUUCCGGUUAGUGCAGUUUCACGAUCUUAUCGGCGGAAUUCAUGUUCCGGUGGACGACGGGGUGGACAAACUUAACCGCAAAUAUACACUACUAGUCUUCCUAUUCCUGGCUCUGCCCAUAUUCACCAAACAAUAUAUUGGAGAUCCUAUUGAAUGCUUUACGCCGACCUAUUUUACUGAACCUCAGGCCCGUUACGUCAACUCAUAUUGUUGGACAGCUUCUACUUAUUAUCUCGUGGCUGCCGAUGCCGAUGACGAGGAUUAUGAACUUACUGGACAGGAUCCUCCCGAUCCACGUGUACUUCCUGAAGAGCUAGACUACGGUGGUUUUGAUGUGGCCUCUACUGGUCCCGAACGGUUACGUCGAGUACGUGUGGGUUACUAUCAAUGGGCACCAUUGAUACUGUUAGUUCAGGGCUGUUGCUUUUACGUGCCGUUCCUCGUGUGGAACUCCUGUGCUCACAAUGCAGGUGUCAAACUGAGGCGUUUACUGAAGAAAGCGUCAGAUAUAGCAAGUCUACCGCCGGGGUGUCAACAACGGGAGGCCCUAUUGGCCGAGUUUGUGGACCAAUUUCACACACUAGUGACAGGUGAAGCCGGUUGGUGUACAGACCCGUCGUGUCGACUGCCACUCUCGUGCCGAUGCUGUGUGGGCGGGCCGAGCCGCUACCUGUGCCUACUAUACCUACUGGUCAAAACCCUAUAUGUGCUGAAUGUCGGACUCCAGUUCAUUUUGUUGGGCUCAUUCAUGGGACGGGGGUUUCUGCGACACGGACUCGAACUAUUGCGCCGGUUCGCCAUUGAUGGUGACUGGUGGGCGAGCCCCCGGUUCCCGUUGCAGACCCUGUGCCAAGUGCGUGCUGCAAUCCAGGGUGGAUUGCGCACCUACACGUGUCAGUGUGUACUACCUAUCAAUGUGUUCAACGAGAAGAUCUUUUCGGUCGUUUGGUUUUAUUUGGCAUUUUUGAUGCCUUUAAACAUAAUUAGUCUUAUCUUUUGGGUGUGGCGUACCUUCCGAUGCAAUCGACUCGCUUAUGUACGCCUUUGCCUUUGGAGGACUAGACUCGUAGGUAUGGCCGAAGUUGGUCGACUCGCACGCAAAAUAUCGGCAAACUAUUUGGGUUGGGACGGAGUGUUCGUAUUGCGGCUCAUUGAGCACAAUCACGGCUCCAUUAUGGCCACACUUAUUGUGUCCCGACUCUGGGAAUUCUACGCAAAUCAAAUGAAAAUGCAAGAGGAAGCGGGUGGUAAUGGUAGUGAUGCUGAAAUGGGUAGUGUGGCCAGUGUCGGCGCACCCCCUUCCACGUCGUGGCACUCGUGUCAUGCCACGUCCUGUCACGCCACCGGGCAUCACGGCAGUGGUCACCACUACCCCCCAUCUACACCGUCGGGUCAGCAAACCAUGAGUCGGCACCCGAAGAACAUUCCUCCCAAUGGCUAUUGGGGUAAAUGACACUGGCUUUAGGUUUUAGGAUAAUUUUUAUUUAUAUUUAUUAUUGAUUAUUACUAUUAUUGAUUACUAUU